AAAUUAUCAACGUAUGUAGAUCCACUUAAAUUAGCAUUUAGUCAAUACUCCAUAAAGUGUCCAUACCUCAGAGCCUUGUUUCAGUUCGUCCAUCUUUUAAAUGAUAAAAUAUUGUUGGCACUGGAGUAGUGCUCUACUGCUACAGUUCACCUUGACAAAACAAAAGUAGCAAACUUACCACCAAACCGUUUAAGAAGAUGAUUGCUGGAGAUUCGGUAGCUUCUGAUUUAAAGGCACGAUGGGCACAUCAGACCAACAAUGAAGCUCCACAUACAAGGGACUCACCGGAGGUUGUUGUUACACUAGAUCCGGAUUCUCCAAAGCUUAAUGAGGCAAGAAUUAGAAGAAAAAAGUUCGUAAAAUAUGGAGUGCGUCUGUACCAAGCUGCUUUGGAUGGUGACUGGGAGAAGGCGAGCCGCAUUUUCGAGAAAGAUCGGAGUUGGAUAACAGCCCCAAUCACAAAACAUGAAGAUACAGUCCUUCACAUUGCAGCAGCGUCCAAACACCCUCAUUUUGUCACAAAACUGUUGGGCCUUAUGAUUGAAGAAGAUUUGGAAAUAACAAACACAAACAGAAAUACGGCUUUUUGCUUUGCAGCAUCAUCCGGAAAUGUAGAUAUUGCAAAAGUAAUGGUGAAGAAAAAUCAAAAACUACCAAACAUUAAAGGGAAUGCAAAUAUGACACCUCUUUUAAUGGCCAUCCUUCUUCGCCAUAGACCGAUGGUGGAUUACCUCAUGGACGUAACAAAUCAUCAACAAUUAAAGGAUCAUGAUCGCAUUGCGCUGCUCACCAGUGCCGUUGAGGCUGGUUUGUUUGAAUUAGCUCUUAAAUUCAUAAAGGAGCGUCCCGAUUUGGCACUCCUACGGAAUUCGAAGAAAAAGACUGUUCUACACACUCUUGCUACUCAAAGGCAUCUACAUCAUGGCACGAACAUGGGCAACGAUAGAAAAGACGAGAAACAGCUGGCACUAGCACUUCAAGUAACCGAGAUAGCUUGGAAAAGAGUCAUCGAAGAAGAUGAGGAUGAUAUCUCAGAUUUGAUUGGAUAUCCAUCACGACUAUUGUUUGUGGCAGCUAAAAUUGGGAAUGUUGAUUUCUUAAGAACACUAAUCAUUAUAUAUCCUGAUGUAAUAUGGAAAGUUGAUGAAAAAAGAAGAAGUAUAUUCCAUAUAGCUAUCAAGUAUAGACAUGAGGAGAUCUUCAAGCUCAUACAUGAAAUCGGAACCAUAAAAGAUUUCGUUGCUACUUACAUGGAUGACCAAGGUAAUAACAUGCUUCAUUUAGCAGCAAAGAUUGCACCUCCUCAUAGACUCAACUGCGUCUCCGGUGCAGCCUUACAAAUGCAACGAGAGCUACUAUGGUUUAAGGCGGUCAAGGAAGUUGUCCAACCCCAAUAUGUGUGGGAAAAAAAUAAUAUGAAAAAACACAAAAUUGUCGAGGAUAGAAGUGGAUCCUUUAAGUCCGCCCAAAAUGAUGAUGUUAGAAGUGAAUCUGAAAUUGAUGAGGUUAGAAGCGAAUCCUUGAAGUCCGCCCAAAAUGAUGAGUAUAGAAGUGAUGAAUCUGAAAGCAAUGAGGAUAAUAGUGAGUCAGAAAAUGAUGAAGAUAAAAGUGAUUCCAGAAAAACCCCACAAGCUUUAUUCAGUAAACAACACGAGAAACUACGGUUACAAGGGGAGGAAUGGAUGAAGAAAACAGCAGAGUCAUGUACUCUAGUGGCAACACUCAUCACAACGGUAGUUUUUACAGCAGCUUUUACCUUACCAGGUGGUACUGAUGACAAAGAUGGAACUCCAAUUCUAUUAAAAAAACUUCUUUUUAAGGUCUUUGCAAUAUCUAAUGCAGUUUCAUUGUUUGCUUCAACAACUUCAAUAUUAAUGUUUCUGUCAAUCCUAACCUCAAGAUAUGCAGAACAUGACUUUAUAAAGGUACUACCUUUCAAGCUCAUGGUUGGCCUAACAUCUUUGUUCGUCUCCAUAGCGACUAUGAUGGUCGCAUUCACUGUCACAUUCUUCAUCACCUUUCAACGUGAUUCGAUAUGGAUUCCGGCACCUAUUGUUCUACUAGCAGUUAUACCUGUUUUGCUCUUUGGUUUCCAACAAUCUCCUCUUAUUUCGGACAUAUAUUGUUCAACAUAUCGAUCUUGGACUUUGUUUCAGCCAAGUGAUAAACGAAAGCUUUGUUGGAAUAACAAAAGGCUAAAACAAAAAUGUAUCACAAAUACAAUGUGAUUUUAUUUUUAGAGGAUUGUCUAAUACUAAGCUACCUCUGUAUUUUAUUAGUUGACAUAAUUUGAUUUUGACACUACUCAUACAAGCUCAUUUGACUUUCUUUUGUGAUUUAUAAUAAAAAAAACGGAUUUUUCAUGAAAUACCCCUGAAUUUUUGCAAAAUUCACCAAAUGCCCCUCGACUUUCAGAAAUUCACCAAAUGCCCUCCACUUUUUAACAAAUACACAAGAUACCCUUAAUGAGCAUUUUCUGUCAAUUCUGUUAGAUUACCGUCAACUUUACCCCUAAUUAACUCUAUUAUUCCUAACUUAUCUAAUUAUCCUAAUUAAAUUAAAAAUAGAAAAUAAAAAAUCCCUUGUGUUUUUCUCUCUCUCCGUUCAUUCUCUUUCCCAAAUGAAAACCAUGGCAGCCAUGGCAGUCACCACCAUGGUCAUCCCCUUUCUCUCUCCUCAUCCCCUUCACUACCCCUAUUCCUAUUCCUCUCCCCUUCACCAACCUAUGAAAAUAAACAGACCCAAUUCGCAGAGCCUUAUAUACGGGAUUUGAUCUGGUGCAUCACAACUCCAUCAAACAAGGUCUUCAUCCCUCUGAUUGUAUCAUCACCAUCGUUAAUCGUGAAUUUCCAUAUGUUGUUGUUUUCAUGGUUGUUGCUUAUAACUUUGCGGUGGUGAAUAUGUUGCCAGAAACUGUAACAGUGAUACUAAAAUUGGAGGUGGGGCUGCAUUGAAGACCCGCUUGCCGCGGCUGUUACGGCUGUGCUCCGAUCGAUUUUCGUCUUCCCCUGCUUUUUCCGCCGAUGCACCUCCUCUCCUUCUCAAUUUUUCGGCACCGCCGCAGCAGGUUGGUUGUCGGUAUGAGUUGUUGUUGCUUCAAUCACCUCUUCAUUAAUUUCAAGAAAUCAAAAUCAAUUAUUGUGAAGGUAUAUCUUGGAAGAUUAAUUUGGAGAUGAAAUUCUCGAAUGUCUGUGGAGUUGGUGAGAGGGAUUUUGUCAGUGUUAUUGAAAGGGACUAAGGGUAAAUUAAUUAGUUGAAGUAACCCAAUUGCACUCCUCCUCUCCAAUUGUAUUUAUGGUUGAUUUAAUUUCCAGAAUUUUAGUUCUCUCUCCAUAUGUUCCCUGAACUUGUGAGGGUUUGUUUGAUUUUUUUUCCCCAAAAUUUGUAAGGGAAAGAGGAGAGGAAGCUCAGAAAAUCAGAGAAGUUGCAGAGGCAGGCACAUGCGAGGUAGGAGACGACAAUAGACAUAUCGAUGGUGUGGCAGAGAUUAGACAUCCAUGGAAGAAGGAGAAAGGGAAGAUCCAUGGAAGAAAGAGAAAGGGAAGAUAAAAGGGGCGAGGAGGAAGGUUAGUGGUGGGUUGGCAGUUGAUUUUUUUUAAUAGUAAAUUAGAUUAAUUAGGAGUUAAUUAGUUUAGUUAAGAAAAAAGUUAACGGAAAAGUUAACGGAGCUGACGGAAAAUCUUCAUUAAUGGCAUAUUGUGUAUUAAGUUUAUGAAUAA